UUGGAUAUUUGUGAUUUGAAAAUGAUUCCAGUAUCUUUGAAGAUGUUAAUCGUCUGCUUUUCAGUGUUUCGUCCCUUGAGUGAAGGUGUGGAGAUUCUGGCAGACGACAAACUCUGCGUUGACUCAGAUAGCUUCCACUGUAACGAGGCUGACACGGAAUGUAUUGACCAAUCGCUUGUCUGCAACGGAGUCAGCGAAUGCAGUACUGGGAAAGACGAGUCUGUCGACGUGUGUGGAUGCCUAGAGGGAGAGUUCCAGUGUAACAAGACAGUGUGUAUUGACGUCAUCAGACGCUGUGAUCGCCAUCGGGACUGUGACGACGGCAAGGACGAGGAGGAUUGUGAGACGUACACGUGUCCAACCACCCACAACAAGUGUAAAAACAGCUACUGCUAUCCACAGGACGGCCAUUGUAACUUUGAGAACGACUGUGGGGACAACUCGGACGAAGUGGAGUGCGACUUCCGGACCUGUUACAGCAUGGAGUUCACGUGUAACAACUCCGAGUGUAUCGCCAUAGCCUACCUGUGUGACGGAAUACCACACUGUAUCGACGGAAGUGACGAACAGCAUUGUGGGUCGUACAAGACGUGCGGCAAUGGGCUGUAUGUCGAGGACAAGUCCGUUUGUGACGGCUGGGUGGACUGUGACAACCAGCAUGACGAGACAGAUUGCGGGCCAUGCACCCUAGAACAACACAAGUGUAACAAUGGGCGAUGUAUCUUCAAAUCUAAUGUCUGUGACGGGAUGUGCGACUGCGCAGAGACAUGUGAUGACGAAAAUGGAUGUUUGACACAAGCCUGUCCCAUUGGCGAGACGUACAUGUGUAAGCUGAACGACGAAAGUCAGAGGUGUAUCCCAAAACAAUACGUAUGUAACCAGGACAACGACUGUCGCAACACCAAUGAGGGUGCGGACGAGUUCUUCUGUUGGAAUAUCACGAAUCAAUGUGAAGACUUUCCGGAAAACAGGAGGGCCGGUACAAAGAAGUUUUUCGCGUGCCCCGAGGGUCGAUGUCUCCCUGCUGAGGGUCAUGAUAACGUCAUCUGUAACUAUUUUCCUGACUGUCUUAACGGCGAGGACGAGUUGGGAUGUGAUCACCCGGCCUGCACUCCUGACCAGUUCCGAUGUAAAAGUGGACAGUGUAUCCCAACAAAUCUACAGUGUGAUGCGACUUUCGAUUGUUACGACAGAUCAGACGAGCUCGGCUGCGAAACUUUCCCCUGUCCGUCAAAUCAUCGCCACUGUCGGAGUGGACAGUGUAUUUCAAAAGCGAAUUGGUGUGACUACUUUCGGGACUGUCCGGAUGGGUCGGAUGAGGACAACUGUGACAGACCAAACAAGUGUCGGCAGGAUGAGUUCCGGUGUAAGAACGGACAAUGUAUAGACCGAGACAUGGUCUGUUACAGGGGUAUAGGCACGGAGAGGCGUGGCUGCAUGGACGGUUCAAAUCUGCACCGAGAUGUUUGUGGUAAUCACACAUGUGGGAUCAACCAAUUCAAGUGUUACCGGUCUUACUGCAUAGACAGAGACCAGCGGUGUAACGAACAAAUCGAAUGUAAGGAUUCCUUCGUGGACGAAGAGGGCUGUCCUUACCGGUGCCCGUACAAGACGGAAGAAUGCAUGUGUGAAGGCGAUGAGAUAGACUGCAGUAACAUGGGGCUGCAGGUGCUCCCAGUGGGUCUGGUUUACGAGAAGGCCCUUCGCCAGUUCAACCUCAGGGGCAACUUCUUCAACCAGACGCUGAACAACAAUACGUUUAAGGCGUACAGUAGUCUGAUUCAUAUAGACCUGAGUAACAACUCUAUCAGUAAUCUACCCACCGGCUGUUUCCUCCAUUUGUUCAGGCUCAGUAUAUUGAAUUUAGCUAAGAACAAAAUUCGGCUGAUACGGAAUGGUACCUUCCUUGGAUUGACAAGUUUAACCAGUUUGUACCUAGAGGACAAUCUAAUAGACGAGCUGCAGCCGUACGCUUUCUCCGGACUCUCACAUCUACAAACAUUGGACCUGAGCUACCAACGGAUUGAGAAGGUUCACCAGAGGGCUUUCGUUGGACUGCACAAGCUUUAUACUCUCAAUUUAGUCGGCAACCGCCUCAUAGUCAUUGAGGAUGGAGCGCUAAGUGGUCUUCCAAACCUUCUUAGUCUCGACAUGCGGGAAAAUCAACUUGAAAUCAUAGAAGAAAACGUGUUUCAUGGAUUGCUAAGACUUCGAGCAUCGUAUUUCGAUGAAUUCCACUUUUGCUGUGUUGCGAAGUUUGUCGAGAAAUGUCUUCCCGAGGCAGAUGAGUUCUCGUCGUGCGAAGAUCUCAUGUCCAACUAUUUUUUACGAAUAAGCAUAUGGAUUCUUGGGACUAUCGCAUUUCUCGGUAACGGACUUGUCUUCUUCUGGAGGGUGCGGGAUUUCAGAGUCGGAAAGGUACAUUCCUUCUUGAUCAGCAACCUGGCGCUGGGGGACUUCUUCAUGGGUGUGUACCUGUUGAUAAUAGCCGUAGUGGAUACCCACUAUCGUGGUAUUUACUCUAUCUACGACAGGUCAUGGCGACAGAGCAAUCUCUGUAUGUUCGCGGGAUUCAUCUCCACAUUUUCAAGCGAGCUUUCUGUUUUUACCCUAACCGUUAUCACUUUAGAUCGUCUCAUCUGCAUCCUGUUUCCGCUCAAGAUGAAGCGUCUUGGUCUUCGAGAGGCUUUGAUUGUGAUGCCGUGUGUGUGGCUGUUGGUCCUCGUGUUAUCUGGCGCACCUUUAAUGGGUUGGGAAUAUUUCUCAAACUUUUACGGUCGCUCAGCCGUGUGUCUGGCAUUACAUAUCACUCCAGAGAAACCAAGAGGAUGGGAAUAUUCUGUAUUUGUUUUCCUUGUUUUAAAUUUUGUAUCUUUCCUUGUUAUAUUUAUAUCGUACCUAUGGAUGUUUAUGGUAGCUAAGAAAACAACUACUGCUGUUAGAAAGUCUAAAGCUAAAUCUGACCAUUCCAUGGCUAAGAGGAUGACUUUAAUAGUGAUGUCUGAUUUCUGCUGCUGGGUACCUAUUAUACUGCUAGGUUUUGCAUCUUUAGCAGAUGCAAGAGUUCCACCUCAGGUGUACGCAUGGAUCGCAGUGUUUGUCCUCCCCUUAAACUCUGCCAUCAAUCCGGUGUUAUAUACUAUAUCUACAGCACCAUUUAUGAGAAACUUCCGAAAAAGGGCGUCCCGAUUUCGGAAAUCAUUCACCACAGGGUCUUUUCGAUCUUCUGAGACGAAACAUUCGUUCAUAGAUGACCGAUUCUCCAAUACUUGGGGACGGAACUCUAUGUACAGACAGAUGGAGUUGACGAGAUUACGGGGCCUAAAGAAAUCGUACACUUUAAACACGAAUCAUAGCGCGUGUGUGCACGAGAAGUCUCCGGCCUCGUCCAGAAUGUAAACAGUCCACACGGCAGCUAAUCAGAUGUACAGGAUGUCUUCUUAAUGUGCUAAUCAUAUCGUUCAAUACUACCCAAGUGUUGAAAGUACAUGUUAUUGUUUCUUUGUCACAAAAGUGUAGUAGUCCUCUGUAACAUAUAACUGAUCAGGAUAUCAGUAAUAAUGUGACUUGUGUGUCUGUAUGAGCAGGAUAUCAGUAAUGAUGUGACUUGUGUGACUGUAUGAGCAGGAUAUCAGUAAUGA